GCCACGCCUUUGAUGACGAAAUGGUUCCACGCAUGGCACGCCUCUCAACCCUCGCGCUUUGGUGGGAAAUACUCGAUCGAGCGGAUGCUCGCACUGGAAGAUUAUAAUCGCAAGGCGUCUGUGCCUCGUGUUGUUCUGGUCCUUAUCCGCUUACCGCUGGUUGUGUUCUUCAUUGUGAUAUGCCAAGAAGCUGUUCCACUCCAGCGGCCAAAUGAAGGCUGGAAGGCAAAUUACGGCUUCUGGGUCCGUGCGGGUUGUGCUGGUGUUGCUGCGUCGUACGCGGUCACGUCACAGAUCGGGCUCUGGUUGAACGUUCGGCCGCUAUCUGUAAAGCAGUCGGUAGCGUAUCACGUGUACUCUGGUAGCGCCUUUGUUGUUGUAGGAGUGGCAGUAGCGGCGGUGUCGGUGUUUCCAGUGCCCUUCUUCAUGCUGGCGGUCUCUCCUCCUUCGGCGCUGGUCUUGGGUGUAGGCUUGCGCGUUGUGCUGGGCACGGAAGAGUGGGAACGCAUGUUUUCGUUGCGGAGGAACCUGAGGCAAUUUAGUAAAAUUAUCGUGCUGUCUGGAGUCAUGUAUGCCGGCUACCCGGUAUAUCAACUGCUUUUCACCAAGGUGAACCAUACGCCGUACGAAUUACCUGUUCUUCUCGUGCUCCCCAUA